AUGCGUUUCCUCGCUACCAUCGCCACUCUGGCCACCGUCGCCAUGGCCAGCUCCGGCGGCUGCACCGCCCACCCCUCCGACGCCAGCGGCAGCUCCGGCGCCCUCCCUAGCUCCGGCGCCCUCGGCGAGAAGAUCAUCGCCGAGGCCUCCGUCGACAUCCACGCCGCCCUCGACCUCGCCGCCGGCUUCAAGUGCCCGGCCCCCAUGGCCUACAGCCCCUGGACAAAGGCCUGCGCCUGCCCGCCCGGCCAGAGCUACGACACCACCAAGAAGACGUGCUCCGGCACCGCCCUCGCCGGCGCCUGGCCGCUGCCCAAGUGCGACGCCUCCGGCUCCAAGGUCGCCCUCAGCGCCUUCUGCGCAAUCUCCCCCGUCAAGUUCACAAAGUACGACGCCACCCACGCCUGGUGCCAGGUCGCCCUCGACACCUUCACCUUCUGCGCCGAGGCCGAGAUCGAGGCUGAGAUCUCCGCCCUCGGCCUCGGCGUCAACCUCGACGUCGAGCUCGACCUCUCCCUCACCUCCUCCAUCAGCGCCACCCUCCGCAGCACCUCCGCCGGCCUCGCUUCCCUCUUCAUCGAGACCCUGGCCGAGGCCGUCGUCAUCUUCAACACCAAGGUUUUCGGUCUUGCUUCCGUCGCUGUCGACGUCGAGGCUUCUCUGUCUGUUGGUGUCUUCGCCCAGCUCCAGUCCGUUGCCUGCCUGCUCGGCAUCGGCAAGUGCCAGUUCGACUGCGUCUCCUUCAGCACCAAGGGCUGCCACAACUACAUCGACGUCGUCGGCGCUCUGGGUGGCCGCCUUGCUGGCUUUGUUGGUGUCACCAUCCUGCCUGAUGUCAUCCUCAGCGUCAGCUCGUCCAACGUUGUCACCAGCCUGGUUGUCAAGGACCUGCUGUGCGCCAGCCUCAGCCUCAACACUCCUCUCAUUUCUCAGUACAAGUACACUUGCUAA